CCACCCAUCCGCACGUUCUCUUGCUUAACGAGGCUCCACGAAUCGGAUCUACCUACUUCCUCAGCUCAUUCGUAUUUGAUUCGUGUUUUUCACACCCUUGACCUCCCUCGCCGGCGACCCAUCCGAAAGCACACUAUUCGCCGGUUAGAAGCAAAGAAGCCAAAUGGGGUUCUACGCAGCUUUGAUGGAUGCCAUCCACGCCUACACCGGCCUCUCGCCGGCUGCUUUCUUCACCAUCCUAGCUCUCUCGGUGAUGGUCUACAAGACGGUGUGCGGCAUGUUCGUCGGACCGGAGGAGUUCAACACUCCCCCUACCGUCAACGGCGUCGGCGUCCUCCCUCCGAGCCUGACGGACCCUCCGCCGGUUUCCGAUCCGGUCCAGCUGGGGGAUGUCACCGAGGAAGAACUGCGAGCUUACAACGGCUCCGAUCCAAGUAAGCCACUUCUGAUGGCAAUCCAGGGCCAGAUUUACGACGUUUCCCGCUCCAGGAUGUUCUACGGGCCAGGGGGUCCGUACGGAAUCUUCGCCGGUAGAGAAGCGGCGAGAGCUUUGGCGCUCUUGUCAUUUGACCCUCGUGAUCUGACGGCGGAUCUUGAAGGCCUCGGCGCCUCCGAGCUUGAAGUUCUUCAGGAUUGGGAGGACAAGUUCGUUGAGAAAUAUGCUAAGGUGGGGCAGAUUGUGUCCAAGCGAAAUGAUCAGCAAUCUGUGGCUGACAUCGGAGGAGGUAAAGCUGUAGAAGAAAGUGAGGAACUAGAAGCCAAAAAGGAGCUGAAAGCGUACAUUGUGACAGGGACACAAGCAACAGCUGUGAUGGUCACAGUAGUCCAGGUAUACCCAUAUCCAAGGGUCAUAAAGAGGGUGGAACUGAAGGCCAUCAUCAUGGUGGCGAUGGAGAUGAAAAGGGUGAGAAGCCCAGUGAGCAGCUUGUUUGGUAGUGACGAGAGGAAGUCCUCUUCAGCGUAUCGCGAGGUCAGCAUGGAAAGGAAUAUCAAGAUGGAUGUUGCCGAAGAGACCAAGGCAAGUGCAUCUGAUAUAGCAAAGAACAAGAACGACUUGGUGUGGAGGUAUAGUGGCAUGCCCGUCUCCUGGUCGUUUCCACCGGGGACGGUGAAAGCCGCUGCAAACAUCAUGGUGGUGAUGAGUGUUGCGACGACCAUGCAAGAAGAUGCAGUUUCCUUCAUCCACUUCUCCCCAUCUCUUGCCAGUUUCUUGUGUUCUGUUGCAAACAGAUCGUGA